CCCGUGAGGCGCGUGGGGCGGGCGGGGCCGGGUUGGGCGUGUGGUUGGGGCCGGGGGUGCUGCCCUUGGGCGGACUUGCUAGGCUCGGGCGGUGGCCGAGGGAUGGCGAAUGUGCGAGUGGCCGUGAGGGUUCGGCCCCUCAGCAAGAGGGAGAUCAAAGAAGGGGGAAGAAUUAUUGUGGAAGUUGAUGGCAAUGUGGCAAAAAUCAGAAAUUUAAAGGUGGACAGUCGACCAGAUGGCUUUGGAGACUUCCGGGAGAAGAUUGUGGCAUUUGGCUUUGAUUACUGCUACUGGUCAGUCAACCCAGAGGACCCUCAGUAUGCAUCUCAGGAUGUGGUGUUCCAGGAUUUGGGGACUGAAGUAUUAUCUGGAGCUGCUAAAGGCUACAACAUAUGCCUUUUUGCCUAUGGGCAGACAGGCUCUGGGAAGACAUAUACCAUGUUGGGGACCCCAACCUCUGUUGGGCUGACACCACGGAUAUGUGAGGGUCUCUUCAUCAGGGAGGAGGACUAUGCCCCACUGCCUUCCUCUUGCAGGAUAAAAGUAAGUUUCCUGGAAAUCUAUAAUGAACGAGUGCGGGAUCUACUGAAGCAAUCUGAUAAAAAAAAGUCCUACUCUCUGCGGGUCAGAGAGCACCCAGAGUUGGGGCCCUAUGUACAAGGUUUAUCUCAACAUGUAGUUACCAACUAUAAGCAAGUAAUUCAACUCUUGGAGGAGGGAAUAGCAAACAGAAUCACAGCAGCUACUCAUAUUCAUGAGGCCAGCAGCAGAUCCCAUGCCAUCUUCACUAUCUACUAUACACAGGCAGUCCUGGAGAACAACCUCCCAUCUGAAAUUGCUAGCAAGAUCAACCUUGUGGACCUAGCAGGCAGUGAAAGAGCAGAUCCCAGUUACUGUAAGGACCGGAUUACCGAAGGAGCCAAUAUCAACAAGUCUCUUGUGACUCUGGGAAUUGUUAUCUCCACCUUAGCCCAGAAUUCUCAAGCAUUCAGCAGCUGCCAAAGCCUCAACAGUGCAGCCAGUGAUGGUGACAGUGGGAUCCCUAGCUCUCCUUCAGGGACCAGCAGUGGAGCAGGGCCUUCCCGGAGGCAGUCUUACAUCCCAUACCGGGACUCCGUGUUGACCUGGCUGCUGAAGGACAGUCUUGGAGGCAACUCCAAAACAAUCAUGGUUGCCACUGUGUCUCCUGCACACACUAGCUACAGUGAGACCAUGAGCACACUAAGAUAUGCAUCCAAUGCCAAACACAUCAUCAACAAGCCACGGGUAAAUGAGGAUGCAAAUGUAAAAUUGAUCAGAGAACUCAGGGAGGAGAUUAGAAGACUAAAAGCCAUGCUGCUGAACUUCGAACUGAGAAACUUCAGUCCACUGAAUGAGGAAAAGGAUGAGAAUCUGAAAGAACUGGUUCUCCAAAAUGAAUUGAAGAUAGACCAUCUGACUAAAGACUGGACCCAGAAGUGGAAUGAGUGGAAGGCCCUUGUGGAGAAUUACAGAGUGGACAUCAACAGGAGGAGGGCUGGGGUAGUCAUUGACUCCAGCCUGCCACACCUAAUGGCCUUGGAGGACGAUGUACUUAGCACAGGUGUCGUGCUCUAUCACCUCAAGGAGGGGACAACAAAAAUAGGAAGGAUUGACUCAGAACAGGAACAGGAUAUUGUCCUGCAGGGGCAAUGGAUUGAGAGAGAUCACUGCACUAUCACCAGUGCCUGUGGGGUAGUCAUUCUGCGGCCUGCCCGUGGGGCCCGCUGCACAGUCAAUGGCCGGGAGGUCACUGCCUCCUGUCGUCUCACCCAAGGAGCAGUCAUAACCCUGGGGAAAGCGCAGAAGUUCCGAUUCAACCACCCAGCAGAGGCCGCUGUCCUGCGGCAGAGAAGGCAGGUUGGAGAGGCUGUCGGUGGCAGUGGCUCUUUGGAAUGGUUGGACUUGGAUGGAGAUGUCACUACCUCCCGGUUGGGUAUUAGCCCUUUGCUUUGGAAGAAAAGGAGAGUGCUGGAAGAGCUGAGUGACGAGGACCACCAGCCACUGAGGGCUGGAGAGGCGCCCCACAGAGCCCAGAUUCAGCAGCAGCACUACGUGGGGGAUUUGAGGCAGCGAAUCCUAGCGGGACAGAUUAGAGCCAAACAGGAUCUGGAGUUGGACCAGGCGCACAUCAGCCGGCAAAUUAAAGACAACCAGCAGUGGCUGCUCGGAGACGAGAUCUGGCUGACCGGUUUGCAGCAGCAAGACCACGUAGCAGAGAAAGAACUCAAGGCCUGUGUGCCAUCUGGUGCUUGGCUUCAGACAGAUUCUGAGACUCAGCUAUCCCCACUGGUCCGAAGUCAGAAGAGGGAAGUGAGACUGCGGCUUGGGUGCAGGAACGCACUUCGGGUGGCACAGCGGGACAUCCGGCGAAGAAAGGCCUCCUUCCAGCUAGAGAGAAUCAAGAAGCAGAGGCUACUGGAGUCCCAGAAGGGACUGGAGCCAUCCAAAGCAUCGUGUUGGCUCCAGGAUGACUGCACCCAAAAGCCCCCAUACUGGGUACCCAGCACUGAUGCCAUGCUCCCAGGACCUCAACAUAGAAGCCGACUGCCAGGUUGCAGUUCUUUGAGCCUCCGAGGGCUCUGCAGCUGGUACUUUCCCCAGCUACACAGUAUUUUCCUGAAUCGGGAUCCCUCCACCAUGCCUGACCCUACUGACCAAAUAUCAGAGAAAAUUCCAUCAGAAGAGUAUUUCCCCCAGGCUGCUGCUUACCCUCCAAGGACAGGACACUUCAGUAAGAAUGCCCACUGUUCUUCAGGCAGGGGGCCUCUCUGCACUGCCAGGGGGGCCUUGGCAAGGAAAGGAGCCUCAGUCUCAGGCACCUGCCUCACUGUGAGUUCUGAGUCUGCCAGCAUCCAGGAAAUGGAAAGAGCGGGUAAGCAGCCCUGUCGGAUGGUGUCUCAGAGCUUAGCAUCUCUGGAUCAUUCAGUUAACAAGCUAAAGCCAAGGGAUAAUAAGCCAGUUGCACUCACUCCCUCCACCUAUAUCAGGUGGGGUAGGGGACUAGCAGACUCUGACCACACACGAGCUGAGUGGCAAAAAGAAGAGAACCUUGGAACCCACAAGACUGCUAAAGGAGCCUGUUGCAGUUCCUCACAACCCUGUGGACCCAAACAGGCAUCUGGGCAUGGAAAGGCAGCCGAGAUUUUCUGGGUGGAAUCCAAACCACCUUCUCAAAGCAGGGCAUCAAAAAGGCAGCAGAGGGUGCUGGUCAAAGACAUUGUAAAAAAGUCCUCUUGUUUGCCUCAUGGCAGCCCAUUGAGGAGGCAAUACCACGUGGGAGACCCAGAUUCCACAUCCUCACUCACAGAUUCCAGCCCAAGAGUUGAUCAUAUAAGAGAUAGAAAUGGGGACUUAUCUGAUACAAAUAGCAGGUACUCAGUGGAUUCUCUCUCCUGUGUCUAUGCCAAAGCCCUAAUGGAGCCACUGAAGCCAGAGGACCCCCAGGGGAAGGAACAGGGUCUUCCAGAGCCAGAGAAUUCUGAAAGUGAUGACAGCCAAAUAUCUGAGGACUCGCUGGCUGAGAAGGGGUAUGAAAGCCCACCAGACAACCCAGGGAGCAGUUACCUCCCCAGUGGUCAUGGCCACCCCAGGACCAGAGUUAUGGCCUCUGUGAGGGGCUUUACCACAUCCUCAAACAGUGGACUAUUCACCCAAACUCACAGGAGCUUUUCCCUGGAUAGCCUGAUUGAUGCCAAGGAGGAGCUGAGGGAAGAACAGCAAGAAGAGGGUUUCUUCAGUUCAGCUGACGAGAUGCCCACAGAGACUUUUUGGCACCUACAGACCUCCAGUCUGCCCAUAGUAGAACAGGAGGCAAUGUGUAGACUUGGUCCCAUCAGCAAUGGAACGGUAGCCAGGCUGGAUGCCAUCCUGCCAAUGAGCAGUUCAUUUUACCUUGGUCCCCCGCCCCAACCCCCCUGUGAGCAACCUGAGUCAGAGGUAGAGGCAAGCUCCUCUGAACAGACAAACAUGCUCCAAGGCCUGCAGCUUUCAAGAGGGAGUCCUCUGUUGUCCAUGGAUUCCUGGUUUUCCUGUGACUCUAAGAUAAAUUCCAGUAGCCCCUCAGGAAUAGUGGGUUCUUUAUGUCCAAGUCCUGAUGUCCAGGAAUCUCAGCCCCAUGGUUGGGAGAGGCCUGGACAUGGGCAAAAUAUAGAAGAACUAAAGCCAUCAGGGGCAGAAAUACUCCUGCCCUAUACCUCCAAACUACCCCAAGGUGGUACUGAGCUGCCCUGCUGUGUAAGAGGUGUGUACACAAUCCCUGCUUCUGAUACAUCCAAGCUAUCAUUUUGGGGGUCUCAUAGGCUUCUUCAGCCACGAGUUGCUGGCAUCUUCCAGGCCAGAGGUAUCCCUGACACAGCCCAGGAAGGCAACUCUGAAGCAUCCAACAACUCCAGUGUUUCAAGUGUUUUGGCUGCCUCUGCUGCCUCAUUCACUCAUGUAGGCAGUACCCACGAGAGGGACUGGGGUGCCCUUCAGCAAAAGUACCUCCCUGAACUGUCCCAUCCCGUGUUGGAGGCUAUAAGAGAAUCCAGGCCAACUUUCUCCUCCCUUGAGGAAGACUCUGCUUCCUUGACACAAGGUUCUGGCAAAGAAACAGAUACGCUGUUGCCAGUUGGUUCUGGGGUAUCUAGCAGUCUGGAUUUCAGCAACUUUCCUGUCCAUUUAUCCAAAAUUCAGUGUUUGAGAGCAGAGAAAGAACAGGACAGUUUGAGUGCAGAGCUAGAAGGUACUUCAGAUUUCUUUACAAUUAGAGAGAAAGAGGUGAGUCAUAGUGGAACUUACUCAGCAGAUGUAGAAUCAUUGACUUCUGGAACUACAAAUGUUGUACCAGUCUUUGCAGCAGAGAGCAAGAUGGCAAAUUCCAUGAGAGAAGUAUGUCAAGUCAAGCAGAACAACUUGGAAGAGUCUUCUCAGAGUAGUGGAAAGCCUCAGAGGAUGAGUUCCUCUGAUGAAUGUUUUUUCUUGAAAAGUCCUUGUCACAGUAAUAUCACCAUAGUCAGUAAAGAAAACCACUGGCCCCAGGGCUGGGCUCCUCCCAUGAAGAAUAGUGCAGCCCAGGAGGGGCAGUUAAGUCACCCUGGCUACCCGCCCCUGCAGGAAGAGAAGGUAGACUAUCAGGAAAGCUCCAGGGAAGUGGUUAGAAGGCACCCAAGUGUUUCGUUUGCAUUUCUGUCAGGUCCAAAGAUGUACCCCCACUCUGGUGCCUGGAAUCCACUCCCAUCUUCCUUGCAGCCACCUCCCUUGGAGACAUUCUAUGUGACCAAAAGCCGGGAUGCCCUGACAGAAACUGCCUUAGAGAUCCCGGCUUGCAGAGAAUCAAGAGUGCCUUCCCCAUCCCCCAGAGAAGCCUGGGGCUUUGGUCAUGACCACCAAGUUCUCCAAAAUAUUUAUUUUAAGAAUAAUUUUCCAGUGCUGUUACAAAACCAGAAUUCCAAGACUGCCUCAUCUCAACAGGUCACAGCAGGAAGGCCAGUUGAUCUGAACACCAAGGAAGUUAGCAGAGAAAGAGGGAAGUGCCCUGGAAACAUUGAAGAAGAAAGCCAUAAUUCAGUUUAUUUUUUUGUUGCUCAGAACAAACAUUUUCUUUCAUCUACUAGCACAAAAGUAUGUGAAUUUGAAAAUCAAGUUGGAAUUUUAAAUAAUCACAAUCUUUCAGCACUUAAGGAGAGAGAAAAGGCCACUGUACAGUCCUGUUUCAAUGUUUGCUCAAGCCAUUCUAGGUCUAGGAAACCUCUCCUUGUUUGUGAGUCUGAGGCAGAUGGGGAAGAAGAGCAGGAUCACAAUGUAGUUCUAAGACAGACCCAGGCCUUAGAUAUGAACAGACAGUUUCCUUCUGGGGCCAGGUCUGAUUUCAUCUAUGAAACCAUCAAUUUAGCCCUUGACAACGAUAUGCUGGGGGAAGCUGCUAUUUCUUUGCAGUCCAGAUCAGUACAUCAUAGAGUAAGUGGUCCAAAGAUAAUGGCCCCAGAUGAGAGUCCAGCCCACAAGGGUGAGAGGAAAAAUGAAUCUGGGCUUCUUGGGAAAGCUUUCCAUCCCAAAGAUAGCUCAAAAGAGUUUAAGCAUCCAAAGACAGAGUCUAUAUAUGAAAGAUUCCAGUCAGUUACAUGCUCUCAGGAAAAAAACCUGAAUGAAUCCAAAGGCCCCGGAAGGUCAGAAGAAAUGUUAAGCCCCAAAGAAGAACCUUCUGGAAAGAAACAGAAUAAAAGAGUUAACAGUGGUGAUGAAAUGGCCAGGCUAAUUAGGAGUGUAAUACAGCUGGAAGAUGGCAUCUUGGAAAUUGAAUCCAAGCAGAAUAAGCAGCUAUCUGCUUCCCAAACACUGGGAGUCGGUAAGGAGUUUGUGUUCUGGGACCAGAGGGACCAGGAGAUGGCUGACUAUGUCCUGAGGCCAAGCAGCUUUGGAAACUACGUGUCUUUGAAGGAUCAGCCAUCUUCUCCAAAACAGACGGAUGACGUUACCUUUAGGGAUAGUGAAGCUAGAGAAAUGGAGGUUGACAGUAGCACUGGGGAAGGUCUCCAGGCCCAGAAAAUCACCUUGAGCCCCUUUAGGUCAAGGGAAUGUAUACAAGACACUAAGUUUGCAAAAGAGGACACUUGCCCAGCUGUAUUAAACAGAUCCUCCAGGGACACUUGUGAUUAUGUAAGGACAUGUACAGUUUGUAGAGAGUUCACAGACACUUGUGCUAAUCCAAGAACCAAAGCACUGGCUAGUGCUCUGCCACUGCAGCCCAGCCCCAAGAUGUCUUCUGAGAAGGAGAGUGAGGCAGAGAAUGCAUCUGCAAGCCCCCCCACAAGGCAGCCUUGUGGCUUGGGAAGUCUUGAGGAACUGGAAACUGUGAAAGAUUUUUGGGAAACCCAAGUUGCCAAGUGUAUAAGUAGUUCUAAACAAGAGGAGCCUAAAGUUCAAGGUAGAGUUGAAGAAAUGGCUGUGCGAAGAGGAGGGAACCUACAAGAGGAAAAUACAGUGGUUUCACUGAUUCAGCAACUUCCUAGCCCAAGCCAGUGCUGUAUCGGCACAUCUUCCAGCCAGGAGAUUGGUCCAUUGCUGAGCCAGCCAGAUUUCUCUGAGGCUCCUCACGGAAACCUGCAUAGUUCCUUGCCCUUGAAUUCUCCAAGGCUGCCAAGAGACUGUCUUCAUGUACACGAUACUGUAGGCAUCUCUUCAGUUGACUAUGUACUGGAUCCCACAAUUUUGAAAAUACCUAACAGUCCCUUGGUAACUGGAGCAGAAAGUCAGGACCUGUGUGGCGAGCCCCAAAGCCAUAGCCCUCAGGGAACUAUUAGAGAGGGCUCCUCCUCGGCACACUCUGCUUGGUGUGGGUCUGUGAUAUCCACGUCCAUGAGAUCUCAUGGUCAAUUCUGUGUAUCAGAGAACAUUCCCCUGGGGGCAGAGGGCAAGAGAUCAGUAAGUACCCAAGACCAAGGAGGGGACCUCAGAAGCAUCUUGAUGGGCUUGAGUUCCAGAGAUGGUUUUGCUUCUGAAGCUGAGGCAGCUGUACAGAGAGGAACAGAAAGAGCCACUUCCCUGAACAGGGCCUCUAGCCCACUUGAAAAGAAGGCCAGCUGCCUCUUAGAAGAGGGUAACAGUCAAGGCUGUCCGGCAGAGGAGGCUGAGGAUCUCUAUCUUCCUAGUGGUACAUUCUCAGCACCUGUGUCCCUGCCAAGGAUGCCUCUCCCAGAGCGCUGUGCUCAUACAUCCAUGGGCUUGGGUGUGUUGGAAGAGAUCACACAAGCACAAGCCGAGGGAAAGCAGCUUCAUGACUUGGGGGCUGGAGGCAAUAUUCUUCCAUACUAUGAGACUUUACUAGGACCUGAAUGUUCUUCAGGGGUCACUGACCAGUCGUUGUCAGAUAGGACCAGAAAUGAGGCUGAAGCACAAAGAUUUCAUGUAGCCUCUCUCUCUGCUGAACCAGGACAUCUAUUGACUAAUGAGAGGAAAGUUUCUCAGGCCACACCCCUCCCUGCAGACAGCUUUCAACAUCUGCCCAGCACAGAGACUCACAUAGUCCCACAGCCUACCUCACAGAUUUCCUCCCAUGUAGCCCCAACUCUAGGAAAAAGCUAUUGUUCUGGAGAAUUGAGACUUUUUCUGGGAGCUGGUGAACAGUUGGUAUGUCACUCCAGUUCUUCUGGAAUCAUAGAGAAAAAGAAAAAAGCAACCACAACACCUUCCUCUGCUGAUCCUGAGAGCUCAGGCAAUUUUCCUUCAGUAGCUGUAGAGGACAGGAGGGAAAUACCAGAGAAAGUAGUGGCUGCCUUACCUUCUUGGACCCCUCUGAAUGACCCUGGCAUGAUUCCUCACAGGGGAAGCCAUUCAGCUCUGCAGGCGACUAUAGAGGCCACGCUCCCUGGUGGUCAGGAGAGCAGCCCAGCACAUCAAGAACCUAGAAUUCUAGAUACCACUUAUGGAGGAAGUUCAGGUAAUGUCUUAGUGGCUGCAAAGGGAGGAAAAACAACCUGUUUUGAAAGUCAGCUUGUGACCUGUGAUGUUCAGAAUUCUGUCAGCCUUUCAGGGUGUAUCCAAGACUACGCUCCAUGCCUUGAGGCUUUCACUGGCUUAGAAGAAGGGAGGGCAAGUCCCAAACAGGGUACCAACCUGCCUAGAGCUCUGAGAAGGGUUGAACUGGAAGCUCCCUCACAGCAGCGUGUGAAGAGGAAGGAGAGUGUUGGCUGUGGGCUGGCGGAAACCUGCCAUGGUGGCAGCAAACAUUCUAGACUGACUUCAUUGCCAGAUCAAAGACCUAGCCCAAGUCCUGGGGGAGUUCAGGAAGAAGCCCAGUGCAGAUGCCCACGGGAAGCUUCAUACUGUGUUGUCUUCUUAGGGAACAUUGAACACAGCAGGACUCUUAGUCUAUCUAGGGGGCAGGAAGACAACAGAACAACUCCUUGCCAUUUGUGCAAUCCUAAACCCAUUGCUUCUCUUAUCUCUUUCUCCCCACUCUCCACUUUACCGGGUUAUAGAGAUGGUGACUUGGGAAAAGAGAGUUCCAAGGCUGCCCUCCACACUCUCCAGCCACCCUGCAUAAUGCCUUCCAGAAUCAGUGGAAUGGAUGAGAGAGGAGAAAGCUGUUCCAGGGAACUUGAAGGGCUCUUGGCACCUGGCCUUGAGCCCAAGGUCAUUCAUAGAGAAUUUGGGCCAACAGACAGCAGCACUCAGGAGCCUUCUGCUUCUGCUGCUGUCCUAUCUCUGGUUCAAGGAGUCAGCUCCCCUUCUGCCCCUGGUAUGAGGACAAGUUCACUGAGCCACUCAGUGGCUGAUGGAAGCUCAAGGUCAGUAGAGGAUCCUGAGAAAGAGGUAGCUGAGAAGAAACCCAGCACAGAGCUUGAGACUGCCUUUUCCUCUGCAGACAUGUGCUCUGAGCCACUGAGGAAAUUUCAGGGCAGCUCUGUAGGUGGCCAGAAUACACAAGAGUCUCAAACCAAGCCAGAACUACCUUUAACAGUGGAGAGACCACACACCCUGAAUUUAAGUGAAGGAUCUGUUGAGAGUGAGCUUCCAGGGGAACCACAGCAUGGAUGUUUAGGAAAUGUAAUCCAGCAUCUUCCAGAAAAGCCACAACUUUCCACUGAAUUCAGAGAUCACAGUGGCUUGGGUCCCCAAGCUAAGUUUGUAGCAAAGUUAAAACACAUCUCCAGGCACCAAGCUGAUGGUCCUUGGGAGGAGGAGGGUCAGCAGAGAGACCAGGCUUUGAGUGGUAGUAAAGAGCCUGCCCAAGACAGGAGUUCUCAACCUUCCCAUGAAGGUGGCUUGGAUGGCUGUCAGAUUAGAGAUGCAGGCACGGAGGAGGCAUCUACAGCCAAGUCCUUUGUGUCUAAGAUGUUCUUGACAGGCUUCGAAGAUUCAGCCACCAUGCCUUUGGGACAAAGUGGAGCCCCACGGCUCACACCCCAGAGUCCUGGCCUGCCUGCCUCUGGCAGGGAGCAGCCAGCUCCCCACCACAGGUGCUCACUUCCUGUGAUUGCAGUCUUCUCUGGCCCCAAACACUCCAGGUCCUCCCCCAGACCACAGUUCUCCGUGGUCAGCUCUUCCCGGUCUCUUCAGGAGCUGAAUUUGUCUGUGGAGCCCCCUUCCCCCACAGAUGAGGAUAUACAGGAGCCUAACAGAUUGUGGUCUCCACAUCACAGAGACUAUUUCUCGGAUGAGUCAGCAGUGAGAACAUCUCUGAAAGCUGAGGGCUGCAGUCAGAAAGCCUCAUCUAACGCGGACAAUAGGACUGAUAAUCACUGGCCCCCAAAACCUACUACCCUUCCUUACCCAAGGUCAUCAGCUCUUUCUUGCAUGCCAACCCCUGAUUUCAUGGCCAGCUGGACACCCAGGACCCUGGAAGAGUCCUGGCAGGAAAAUCUGGAGAGACCGGGUAGCCAGGCGAGGCCUGAAAAGUGGCACUCCGAGGCAGACAAAAAAAUGUUACACUUUGACUCCAGUGACAUCAAUCCCUACAUCCUCUCCUCCCAUCCAGAGAGGCCUGUGCAGAUUGGCUGGAAGCAGUAUGUGUUUGGCAGUGCAUUAGAUGUCUCCUGCGGCCAGACACCCCAGGGCCUGAUACCAUCAAACAAAACGCGUUGUUCAAGCAUGGACAAGGGCCUAGAACAUCAGAACUCUCCACUGUACUCCCACCUCAGCACCCAUGCCAAUGCACGGGACCUGUCGAGCACACACAGCAGUAUUGGAAAUGCCCAGGGUUCAUGUGAGGCCUGGGGAGUAUGGGGUUCCUCAUUUGCCUUGGGGAACCUCCACAUCCUGAACAGCCCUGAAGGAGCAACCCCCAGUAAGGGUGCUGACAAGAGAGCCCAGUUCUGGGACACCCCUGAUGAAGUAGGCUGUCUGAGGAAUGAUCCUCUCUUGGCUGAAGGAAGUGCGGCAAGUCCAGUAGAUGAGAUUAUGCUGCUGUAUCCAUCAGAGGUGGGUGGCCCUGUGGGACAGUCCAGGAUAAACACCUUGGAGCAGGGCACACAGACCCUGGGGUGCAGUCUCCACUGGAGCUCCACCGACAUCUCUGCUCAGCCAGAAACCCGUGCAGUGCCAGUUUCUGGUCUGGUCUCCUGGACUAGCAUGCAUAAUCUCUCUCUCCACCUCUCACAGCUGCUGCACAGUACCUCAGAGCUGUUGGGGAGUCUCUCUCAGCCAAGUGUGGCUGAAAAGGAGCAGAACAUCAAGAGGGAGACCCCAGAUGAAGUGACCCAGGCCCUUAUGAUAGAUGGCUAUACUCAGACCACCAUGGACAAGGGCAUCCAAACUGACCUGGCCUUUCCACCCCUGCACCUCCAGGCCCCAGAGGCCGGCCCUCAGGAGGUCAGUGGGGUCCUUGAAGUGCUGGGCUCAGAUAUUCCCAUUAUGUUCCCUCAAGAACGGGGACAUGUCACGCAUAACCUUCAGAAGAGAGAGACAGAGGAAAUGACAUCUAAAAUGGCAAGGCCCUCAGAACUUCAGGAAGAAAGUACCCACUGCAGGCCACAGAGCCUUCCAGCAUCCACAUCCCACGUAAGGUUUCAGAAAGCCCACUUUGGGCAGAACCUCCCUUCUGUGAGCCCUCAGGCCUUUCCAGAUGCCUCCCUGCCUCCCAGCUCCCAGCCAGAGGUGCCCUCCUGCCUGGCCGUUGGCAGCCCUAGCCUCAGCAGCUCCCAAUCCCCAGAGCCCUGCCUCAGUGCUGCAGAGUCUGUCAGGGAUCCUCAGGUCGAGAAGGGGCUGGGCACCAUUGGUACAUUGUUGGUGGACAGAGCCUCCUCCCCAAUUCUCACACUUAGUGCCAGCACCCAGAGGUUGGGGUUCCCCUCAGACUCUUUAUCUCUCACAGUCCCCUCAGCUUGUCCUCCUGAAGGCCACCAGAAGCUUGUCUCCAGCCCAGACCUUCUCCUUGACACCUCUAGGUUUCCAGUGGUUAAUAAUCCUCAAACUACUGAUGAGUCAGGUGGCUCCCAGAGAGUGGGGGCUCUAUGUGGGGAAGGCAGAAGUCCCUUAGAAAGGAGUGAUGGCAGGCCAUUCCUCAAGAUAAGCUCCCCAGAUGGCCUACCGCAGAGCCCGAAACUCCAAGUUUGUUUGUUAGAGCAGCCGCCUCAGCAGCUUCAGCCCAGGACAACCACCUUGAUCCAAAGUGGACUGCCACCACCCUCACUGAGGAGCCAGAGCCAGAGGCUGGCCAAUGGCCUCGUGCCCGAUGACCUGGCUUCCUUGGAGUGUGACCCAGUGAGCAGUAGGGGGCCAAGUCGAUGGCAGAGCAAGACAGAACACGGGGAUGAGAGUUCAGCAUCUCCAGUGGAGCCACAACCCACUCUGGAUUUUUUGUCUUCAAGGGAAGACCUCCAGCCCCUCAUCCCUUGCCCUGUCUCUGGGUUGACUGAGGGCUCUGUCCACAGAGCCCUGUCCACAGGGCUCCAGGGUUCUGCUUUGGGCCCAACCGAGGCCUGCCAAACUGAGAUGUUGCUGUGCUCUGGUUCCCAGGUGUGCGUGGCCCCUGAGCCCCAGCAUCACAGCCUGAGGGACUUCCCAGUGCAUAACAGAUAUACUCAUUGGUGUGGGGUUCAGGAUGGCUCCCCUGUGGGGCUAGGCUUGAUGGAGUCACUGGGGCCCAGAUGUGAUCUUAGCUCUGGAGAGCAGGGACAGAAGCCCCUACAACCUCCUGAUGACCAGAGCCAGGGUCCUCACUGGUCGCAGAGGGAGCAGAUCCCCCUACAAGUGGGGGCCCAGAACCUCUCUCUCAGCAUGGAGCUCACAGAAGCAAAACUGCACCACGGCUUUGGGGAGGCAGAUGCCCUGCUGCAGGUGCUACAGAGCGGGACAGGGGAGGCGCUCUCUGCUGAGGAGCCUGUGCGGUCCACCUGGGAGGAGCUCUAUGCCCGGCAAAAACAAACCAUUGAGACCCUCCGGAGAGAGCGGGCUGAACGACUUCAGAACUUGCACUGGAUGCAGAUCAGGCCCCGGAAACAACUGAGUCUCCUGCCCAACAGGGAUCUCCCCACCCGGGACCUUGACCUACCCAGCAGGCGCCGAGAAUACCUGCAACAACUGAGGAAGGAUGUUGUGGAGACCACCAGGAGCCCAGGGUCAGCAUCACGGUCUGCUCACCCCGCCUCUGACAUAGCAGUGAUGCUGCAAGAAUACCAGCGUGCCCGUGAGGAGGCCAAGGUGGAGAUUGCCCUGGCCCGGGACCGGCUACGGGAGAGGACUGAGCAGGAGAAGCUGAGAAUCCGCCAGCAGAUCAUCUCCCAGCUGCUAAAGGAAGAAGAAAAGCUGCACACCCUGGCCAUGUCCAACUCCCUGAGUACCAGCUCCAAUGGAAGCCUCUCCUCUGGUGUUACCUCUGGCUACAAUAGCAGCACAGCCUUGCCAGACCAGCUCCAGUCCCCAGACAGUGUGGGGGACAUAAACUUGCUUGAUUGCAGUGACUCCUGGAUAGGGGAUGUUCGGGGCAGUUCUACAGUGAGGACCAGUCACCUGAGUCUGGCUGGGUCCGCCUGGAAGAGCUUAGCUUCUGGCCCCAGAACCUCCCUAGGCAGCGGCUGCUGUUCUCCGUCCAGCCUGUCCAGCCUGGGGGCCUGCUUCUCCUCCUCCUAUCAGGAUUUGGCCAAGCACAUCGUGGACCUCUCUAUUGCUGAUGUAAUGGCUGCUUGCUCAGAUAAUCUGCACAACCUCUUCAGCUGCCAGGCAGCAGCUGGCUGGAACUAUCAGGGUGAAGAGCAGGAGGUACGACUUUACUAUAAGAUGUUUUCUUCUACUCGGCAUGGCUUCCUGGGGGCAGGCGUGGUGUCGCAGCCACUAUCUCACGUGUGGGCAGCUGUGAGUGACCCCACCCUGUGGCCACUAUACCACAAGCCCAUCCAGACAGCAAGGCUGCAUCAGCGAGUGACCAAUAGCAUCAACCUGGUAUACUUGGUGUGUGAUACCACCCUGUGUGCUUUGAAGCAGCCACGGGAUUUCUGCUGUGUCUGCGUGGAAGCCAAAGAGGGCCACCUGUCUAUCAUGGCAGCUCAGUCUGUUUAUGACACAUCCAUGCCGAGACCUAGCAGGAAGAUGGUCCGAGGGGAGAUCCUGCCCAGUGCCUGGAUCCUGCAGCCUGUCACUGUGGAAGGAAAGGAGAUCACCAGAGUCAUCUACUUGGCCCAGGUAGAACUUGGUGCACCAGGCUUCCCUCCUCAGCUCCUAAGCUCCUUCAUCAAACAGCAGCCGCUGGUCAUAGCCAGACUGGCUUCCUUCCUUGGUUGUUAGCAUCGCACUGUCCAGAUGGUGCUGCAGAGACGCAGGCAGCUUCCAUGCACCAGUGACACGCAGGUGGCUCUCAUGCACCAGUGACACUCAGGUGGCUCUCAUCACUCUGUGCCAGGAGGCAAGGAGAGCCAAGGCUACCAGCUGUGGCUAACCAGGCAGACAGCACUCAGACCUGAGUUGCCAGCAAAGCCCCAUUAGUACUUGGGUGACAGCUGGCGCCUCUGCAGAGUAAGGGGACCUGAGCUCCUGGCCCUGGCUUGCCAGAGUGAAUGAUACUCACCUCAGCAUUUUGGAUUUCUCCCCUUUUUUUCCUGUCCCUGGGACUCUGUGGUGGACAAGCUACUUGAAGACCAGGAUUGGGUGCAACCAGCAGAACUGGGAGAGGGCAGUACUCUGGCACCCUGCCUCCUUGCUUGGGCCCAGCCCUUGGGCAGGGAGGGAAUCAAGCAGCCGCUGACCAGGACUGUUCAGAAUCUGCCUCUAGCUUCCAGCUCCACUGUGGAAUGGAGUAUUGGAAAAUGGCAAACCAGAAAACCGGUUUAAAAAAAAAAAAAAAAAGUUACGCAAACCACAAUGAUUCAGAAUCGUUUCUCCUUGGAUUUUUACAAAAUACUUUAUUAUUAAUUUUUGCUUACCCCGCCCCCCUUCCUUUCCCUCACAGGAGAGGAUAUUUGGGUCUUUGCCUCAUUCAGGAGUAUUGAGCAAUGUUCAGUCUCAGAACCAUCGCUCGAGCUCAGAAUGGGAAGACCACUGUAGAAGCAGGUUGGACAGAUUUGGGGUCAAGGAUGGCUCUUUGAGGAGGGGUAGGGGAGGGCAGCCAAAUGUUGGCUGCUGACAGGGCAAGAGAAAUCUCAAAGAGCUGAAAAGUUGCUUUUUGAAGACUGGAGAAAAGAUAUUAGAACUCCUGGAGGGGGUAAGUGAUUUGUUAGAAGGAAACAGUUCCAUCCCUUACCUCCCUCAGACUCAGAGCCUUGGUGCCAGCCUUCAGUGGUCUCUUGAGCGUCCAUGCUGCUGUGGUAGGAUGUGCUAUUCUAAGAUGGGUUAGGGAAUAGGCUCGGUUUCCUGGUACCUCAGCCUGGCUGACCUUGAGCUUUGAGUAUUCUGUAUGGUUAUGUGGACAUGGUAGGGGUGGGAGAGAGUCUCCGCUUCCAUUCUGGUGCCCACAGUCUUUGGUGGAGGAAGGUGACCAUAUAGGAAUUAAAAAGAUGUGGUGAAAAGGUCAGUUUCUGUAUGGUACAGCACAGAGAUUUGUUUCUUUAGAAGUGUUUGCAGGGUUUGUUUUUUCUUUUACCUCAGAUUGAAAGCUUUUUAAAUUGCUUUAAAACGUUAUCUUUCUGGUUAAAUUUUUUUGGGUAUAUUUAACACCCUAUUUAUUUACUUCCAUCUCUUCAUAUAAAUCUCUUAAAAGACUAUUGAUUGAAAAAGUCAGAACAUUUGCAAAUUAAAAGUCCAUGGUGUCCUUUCAUUUA